AUGGCUUUGAAUCCCGGUCUUAAAUUCUUCAAAGACGGCAAUUGGGCGGAGAUUCCACCCUCCAAGAACAAUGCCAUUUUUGUUAACACAAGUGAUCAAGUGGAAGUGGUCAUGCCUGACAAGAAUGGAAGCAGAAUCUCCAUUGCCACCUUUUAUAACCCAAUUGGAGAUGCCAUUAUUUCCCCGGCUCCUAAACUCUUAUACCCAAGCAAUUUCCAUUUUGGGGACUAUUUGAAGCUUUAUGGCAGCACCAAGUUAGGUGAAAAGGAUCCUCGAUUUGAAUCCAUGAAGAAAAUGACCAAUGGACACAAAAAUCUUCUAGCUUAA